CGCGGACAGCGCGAGCGGCAGUGAGAGCGGUGUAUGGUCUCUGGAGCUGAAAACAAACAAACAAACAAAUCAACAAACCUCAGACCUUACAGUUCAUAAAUCUUGUGUGAAUCAGCAACAUGUCGGCGAAGGCCAUCUCUGAGCAGACAGGGAAGGAGUUCCUGUACAAGCACAUCUGCACCACUGCCGUCGUGCAGAACCGCUUCCGCUACGCCAGUGUAACCACAGACACAGACUGGAACCGACUGGUUCAGGACCAUCCAUGGCUGCUGACUGAGAAAUUAGUCGUGAAGCCGGAUCAGCUGAUCAAGCGCCGAGGGAAGCUAGGAUUGGUAGGCGUCAACCUUGAUUUUCAAGGCGUCAAAGAAUGGCUUAAGCCCCGCCUUAUGAAAGAGACCAUGGUUGGAAAGGCCAAAGGCAUUCUGAAGAACUUCCUUAUAGAGCCUUUUGUUGCCCAUAGUCAGAAGGAAGAGUUUUAUGUGUGCAUUUACGCCGCACGUGAAGGUGACUAUGUGCUCUUCCAUCACGAGGGAGGAGUCGAUGUAGGUGAUGUUGACUCUAAAGCUCAGAAGCUCCUGGUGGGCGUCGAUGAGAAACUUAAUCCAGACUUGGUGCGACAGAAACUCCUGACACACGCCCCAGAAGACAAAAAAGAGGUUCUGACUUCUUUCCUGGUGGGCUUGUUUAACCUGUAUGAAGACUUGUACUUCACCUACCUGGAGAUCAACCCACUGGUGGUGACUAAGGAUGGAGUGUAUGUGUUGGACAUGGCUGCUAAGAUCGAUGCCACCGCUGAUUACCUGUGCAAGGCUAAAUGGGGUGAUGUGGAGUUUCCUCCUCCGUUUGGCAGGGAGGCGUAUCCUGAAGAAGCAUAUAUCGCCGAUUUGGAUGCUAAAAGCGGUGCAAGUCUGAAACUCACUCUCCUCAACCCUCGUGGACGCAUCUGGACCAUGGUGGCAGGCGGCGGAGCCUCGGUGGUGUAUAGCGAUACGAUCUGUGACCUGGGUGGAGUUAAUGAGCUGGCCAAUUACGGAGAGUAUUCAGGCGCUCCAAGCGAGCAGCAGACCUACGACUACGCCAAGACCAUCUUGUCCCUAAUGACCCGCGAGAAACAUCCUGAUGGGAAGGUGCUGAUCAUUGGAGGAAGCAUCGCAAACUUCACCAAUGUAGCUGCAACAUUUAAGGGUAUUGUCAGAGCAAUCAAGGACUAUCAGGUACCUCUGAAGGAGCAUGAAGUCACUAUUUUUGUACGACGUGGCGGUCCAAACUAUCAGGAGGGUCUGAGAGUGAUGGGAGAAGUGGGUAAGACUACAGGAAUCCCCAUUCAUGUCUUCGGCACUGAGACUCAUAUGACAGCCAUUGUUGGUAUGGCACUGGGACAUCGACCAAUCGCCUCUCAGCCACGUGUUGCUGCCCACACAGCCAACUUCCUGCUGAAUACUAGUGGUGGCAACUCGACUCCUACCUCUAGUAGAACUGCGUCUUUCUCCGAGGUCAAGAAUGAAGCUGGGGCCUCGUCUGCAAAAAAAGCUAAACCAGGAACUCCACCAGUGAAGGCCACCACUCUGUUCAGCAAGCACACGAAGGCUCUCGUGUGGGGGAUGCAGACCCGUGCCGUGCAGGGAAUGCUGGACUUCGAUUACGUGUGCUCUCGCGAGCAACCCUCAGUAGCAGCCAUGGUCUACCCUUUCACUGGAGACCACAAGCAGAAGUUUUACUGGGGUCAUAAGGAAAUAUUACUACCAGUCUACAAAAACAUGUCAGACGCUAUGAAGAAACACCCAGAAGUGGACGUCCUGAUUAGCUUCGCCUCUCUCCGUUCUGCCUUCGACAGCACUAUGGAAACAUUACAAUAUCCACAGAUUCACACCAUCGCCAUUAUAGCCGAGGGAAUUCCUGAAGCUCUGACUCGCAAGAUCAUUAAGAAAGCAGAUGAGCAGGGUGUCACCAUCAUCGGGCCAGCAACGGUUGGAGGAAUAAAGCCUGGCUGUUUUAAGAUCGGAAACACAGGUGGAAUGCUCGAUAACAUCCUGGCAUCAAAGCUGUACAGGCCAGGCAGUGUGGCCUACGUCUCCCGCUCGGGGGGAAUGUCCAAUGAGCUCAACAACAUCAUCUCCCGCACCACUGAUGGAGUUUACGAGGGUGUAGCUAUUGGCGGAGAUAGGUACCCAGGUUCAGUAUUCACAGAUCACGUGUUGAGGUAUCAGGACACACCCGAAGUGAAGAUGAUCGUUGUGCUUGGAGAGAUUGGAGGCACAGAGGAGUAUAAGAUCUGUCAGGGCAUUAAGGAGGGCCGGAUCACCAAGCCUGUGGUUUGCUGGUGCAUCGGCACCUGUGCUACCAUGUUUUCCUCUGAGGUGCAGUUUGGCCAUGCCGGGGCGUGUGCUAACCAGGCCUCAGAGACAGCAGUGGCCAAGAACAAGGCUCUCCAGGAGGCUGGCGCUUUUGUCCCCAGGAGCUUUGAUGAGUUGGGAGAAGUCAUAAAAUCAGUGUAUGAUGACUUGGUGACCCGUGGUGUGAUUGUCCCAGCUAAAGAAGUUCCCCCUCCCACUGUGCCAAUGGACUAUUCUUGGGCAAGAGAACUUGGUCUGAUCCGUAAGCCAGCGUCCUUCAUGACUAGUAUCUGUGAUGAACGAGGGCAGGAGCUGAUUUACGCUGGAAUGCCCAUUACAGAGGUCUUCAAGUCAGAGAUAGGUCUAGGAGGGACCUUGGGCCUUCUUUGGUUUCAGAGAAGGUUACCCCGAUACGCAUGCCAGUUCAUAGAGAUGUGUUUGAUGGUGACUGCGGAUCACGGUCCCGCCGUCUCUGGAGCUCACAAUACCAUCGUCUGUGCUCGUGCAGGAAAAGAUCUCAUCUCCAGCCUCACGUCUGGUCUUCUUACCAUCGGAGACCGGUUUGGUGGAGCUCUGGAUGCUGCCGCUAAGCAGUUCAGCAAGGCUUUCGACAGUGGCAUGCUGCCCAUGGAGUUUGUCAACAAGAUGAAAAAGGAUGGCAAGCUGAUCAUGGGAAUUGGGCACAGAGUUAAAUCUAUCAAUAAUCCUGACAUGAGGGUGCAGAUCCUGAAGGACUUUGUGAAGCAGCACUUUCCUUCUACCCAGCUACUUGACUAUGCGCUGGAUGUUGAAAAAAUCACCACCUCCAAGAAACCUAACCUUAUUCUGAACGUAGACGGCUUUAUCGGCGUGGCCUUCGUCGAUCUCCUCAGAACAUGUGGAGGCUUUACACGGGACGAGGCGGAUGAAUUUAUAGAGAUCGGUGCACUGAAUGGAAUCUUUGUCCUAGGACGCAGCAUGGGCUUUAUUGGCCAUUAUCUGGACCAGAAGCGGCUGAAACAGGGUCUGUACCGUCACCCAUGGGACGACAUCAGUUACGUCCUUCCUGAACACAUGUCUAUGUAACCAUGGAAACCACACCAGCACACCACAUUUAUCACCACUUCGAUCAGCUUGUCAUGUCAUUCUGUCUUAAACAGCAUAACUGUGAGCAAAUUGUUGUGCUUUAAUGUGCGUAAAUGUCCUGUAGUGCUGACGCAACGCUGCGAAAAUGUUAAAGAUCACAUGGAUAUUACAGAACUAUAAAUUUAAACGUAACAGUAGUUAUAAAAAUGAUUACAGUUUACCUAUAGCCUGUCGAUGAAGCGUAAACAUUGGAUUAAAUCUCUCUCUCUUCAUGAUUCAUUAGCAACCAACUAGUGCAAUAGCUACAUUUAGAAAUAGGCACGUUGUUAUUUUUAAUGUAUUUUUAAAAGUGCACUGUGCUGGGGCAUUGUCCGUAAAGUUUACACUUGUCUGUUGAAAUAAUAUAUUGUUAUUGUACUGUUUGGAUGUUUUACAAAAAAAAAACAACAACUACUGUAUAAUAUGUGGUGCAAUUCCAUUUAAUUAUUUAUUUUUUUACACCUAAGUUAAGGUACGUGUUCAAAACAAGUAACGUUAGACAAUACGCCCACAUACUGCUAUAACUGUGAAUUAAUAAAGUGUCUAUGAUUGAACAUAAUAA